AUGCAAACUUAAAUCAAAUCAUAAUUAUAUUAGGAAGAAAACAUCCCAAUCAAAAUUUCAUAAUAGGAACAAAAAAAAUCCUAGCUUCAUGAUAUAGAAUUGAAUCAACAAGAAAGGAUCUAAUAAUCAUCAAUACCAGUUUAUGAAAAAACGAGACUUCCUAAGGAUUCUAACAUAUAUAUGAAUAAAAGUAAAAUACCUGGAUUUUAAGAAGUGGCAAUCAACUGGCCACAAGGAGCCUCUUUUUAAUAACAAUCUAUAGUAGCUCAAUAAGUUUAUUCUGAAGUGAAUUAAUAACAAUAAAUGCCUGCUUCUUAACUAGUUAAUUAAUAAUUUAUGAUGCCUUAAAGUAAACCAUAUUAACCUGGAUCUGGAAUUCCAACUCAUAAAGAUUUAACUUAAAUUCCAAAAACAAGACAUUCGGAGUAUCUUUAAUGUAGAUGGUGUAAUUAGGAAGUGCAUUCUUAAGUUGAGUAUAGAAUAGGAUUGACUUAAUUCAUACUUUGCCUGAUUUUGUCACCUGCUUUUUUACUUGGUUUAAUAUUUGUUUUUUCAGAUGUAAAUAUAUAUGAGAUCAUAUAGAUUUGUAAAGAUUGUUAUCAUUUCUGCACUAAUUGUUCAUGUGAAAUGGGAGUAGUAAAAUUGAUUGAUUUUAGUUCUUGA